ACAGCGAGUGUGAGUCCCUCCCGCUCCGGCUUCCAAGCCGCGGCCGCCGCUGCCACCCUCGCCCGCAGCCUCCCGCAGCCUCCCUCGGCCACCGGUGCCCUGCUGGGUGGGUGUUGCCUGGGUGGGUCCGCCCGGCCCCCAGGGGUCUCUCGAGCAUCUGCCAUCUGCCCGAGCAACAUGUGUAGCCACGUCCUCGCCUAGUCCAGGUGGCCGCAACCUUGGGGGAGAGACAGGGCACGACAGGACCAAGGAAGAGGAAGGAGAGACGGAGCCAGGGACAGACAGGAGGUCCGGGCUGCCGCUGCCGCCACCACCACCACUGCCGCCGCCCCGGGGCCUGCCCCCCGACAUCGGCUCUCUGAGCCCUCCUCGGAAUCUUGGGGUCGCUGGACACCGGGUUCCGGUCCUGGCCCCCCCACCAUCCCCCCAACAGAACAGGGUCAUGAAAAGAGGCCGCCCGGCGGGGCCCGCAGGCGAUGCGCGGCGCCGGUGGCCCCCGCGGCCCUCGGGGCCCCGCUAAGAUGUUGCUGCUGCUGGCGCUGGCCUGCGCCAGCCCGUUCCCGGAGGAGGCGCCGGGGCCGGGCGGGGCAGGUGGGCCCGGUGGCGGCCUCGGCGGGGCGCGGCCGCUCAACGUGGCGCUCGUGUUCUCGGGGCCCGCGUACGCGGCCGAGGCUGCACGCCUGGGCCCGGCCGUGGCGGCGGCGGUGCGCAGCCCGGGCCUAGACGUGCGGCCCGUGGCGCUGGUGCUCAACGGCUCGGACCCGCGCAGCCUCGUGCUGCAGCUCUGCGACCUGCUGUCGGGGUUGCGCGUGCACGGCGUGGUCUUCGAAGACGACUCGCGCGCGCCCGCCGUCGCGCCCAUCCUCGACUUCCUGUCGGCGCAGACCUCGCUGCCCAUCGUGGCCGUGCACGGCGGCGCCGCGCUCGUGCUCACGCCCAAGGAGAAGGGCUCCACCUUCCUGCAGCUGGGCUCCUCCACCGAGCAACAGCUUCAGGUCAUCUUUGAGGUGCUGGAGGAGUAUGACUGGACGUCCUUUGUAGCCGUGACCACGCGUGCCCCUGGCCACCGGGCCUUCCUGUCCUACAUCGAGGUGCUGACUGACGGCAGUCUGGUGGGCUGGGAGCACCGCGGAGCGCUGACGCUGGACCCUGGGGCGGGCGAGGCAGUGCUCAGUGCCCAGCUCCGCAGUGUCAGCGCGCAGAUCCGCCUGCUCUUCUGCGCCCGAGAGGAGGCCGAGCCCGUGUUCCGCGCAGCUGAGGAGGCUGGCCUCACUGGAUCUGGCUACGUCUGGUUCAUGGUGGGGCCCCAGCUGGCUGGAGGCGGGGGCUCUGGGGCCCCUGGUGAGCCCCCUCUUCUGCCAGGAGGCGCCCCCCUGCCUGCCGGGCUGUUUGCAGUGCGUUCGGCUGGCUGGCGGGAUGACCUGGCUCGGCGAGUGGCAGCUGGCGUGGCCGUAGUGGCCAGAGGUGCCCAGGCCCUGCUGCGUGAUUAUGGUUUCCUUCCUGAGCUCGGCCACGACUGUCGCGCCCAGAACCGCACUCACCGCGGCGAGAGUCUGCAUAGGUACUUCAUGAACAUCACGUGGGAUAACCGGGAUUACUCCUUCAACGAGGAUGGCUUCCUAGUGAACCCCUCCCUGGUGGUCAUCUCCCUCACCAGAGACAGGACGUGGGAGGUGGUGGGCAGCUGGGAGCAGCAGACGCUCCGCCUCAAGUACCCGCUGUGGUCCCGCUAUGGUCGCUUCCUGCAACCAGUGGACGACACGCAGCACCUCACGGUGGCCACGCUGGAGGAAAGGCCGUUUGUCAUCGUGGAGCCUGCAGACCCCAUCAGCGGCACCUGCAUCCGAGACUCCGUCCCCUGCCGGAGCCAGCUCAACCGAACCCACAGCCCUCCACCGGAUGCCCCCCGCCCGGAAAAGCGCUGCUGCAAGGGUUUCUGCAUCGACAUUCUGAAGCGGCUGGCGCAUACCAUCGGCUUCAGCUACGACCUCUACCUGGUCACCAAUGGCAAACACGGAAAGAAGAUCGAUGGCGUCUGGAACGGAAUGAUCGGAGAGGUGUUCUACCAGCGCGCAGACAUGGCUAUCGGCUCCCUCACCAUCAACGAGGAGCGAUCCGAGAUCGUGGACUUCUCCGUCCCCUUCGUGGAGACCGGCAUCAGCGUCAUGGUGGCGCGCAGCAAUGGCACGGUGUCCCCCUCGGCCUUCCUCGAGCCCUACAGCCCCGCCGUGUGGGUGAUGAUGUUCGUCAUGUGCCUCACUGUGGUCGCCGUCACUGUUUUCAUCUUCGAGUACCUCAGUCCUGUUGGCUACAACCGCAGCCUGGCCACGGGCAAGCGCCCUGGUGGCUCAACCUUCACCAUUGGGAAAUCCAUUUGGCUGCUCUGGGCCCUGGUGUUCAAUAAUUCGGUGCCCGUGGAGAACCCCCGGGGAACCACCAGCAAAAUCAUGGUGCUGGUGUGGGCCUUCUUCGCCGUCAUCUUCCUCGCCAGCUACACAGCCAACCUGGCCGCCUUCAUGAUCCAGGAGGAGUACGUGGAUACUGUGUCCGGGCUCAGUGACCGCAAGUUCCAGAGGCCCCAGGAGCAGUACCCGCCCCUGAAGUUUGGGACCGUGCCCAACGGCUCCACGGAGAAGAACAUCCGCAGCAACUAUCCCGACAUGCACAGCUACAUGGUGCGCUACAACCAGCCCCGCGUAGAGGAAGCGCUCACUCAGCUCAAGGCAGGGAAGCUGGACGCCUUCAUCUACGAUGCUGCGGUCCUCAAUUACAUGGCCCGCAAGGACGAGGGCUGCAAGCUUGUCACCAUCGGCUCCGGCAAGGUCUUCGCCACGACAGGCUAUGGCAUCGCCCUGCACAAGGGCUCCCGCUGGAAGCGGCCCAUCGACCUGGCGUUGCUGCAGUUCCUAGGGGAUGAUGAGAUCGAGAUGCUGGAGCGGCUGUGGCUCUCUGGGAUCUGCCACAAUGACAAAAUCGAGGUGAUGAGCAGCAAGCUGGACAUCGACAACAUGGCGGGCGUCUUCUACAUGCUCCUCGUGGCCAUGGGCCUGUCCCUGCUGGUCUUCGCCUGGGAGCACCUGGUGUACUGGCGCCUGCGGCACUGCCUGGGGCCCACCCACCGCAUGGACUUCCUGCUGGCCUUCUCCAGGGGCAUGUACAGCUGCUGCAGCGCCGAGGCCGCCCCGCCGCCCGCCAAGCCCCCGCCGCCGCCACAGCCCCUGCCCAGCCCCGCGUACCCCGCGCCGCGGCCGGCGCCCGGGCCGGCACCUUUCGUGCCCCGCGAGCGCGCCUCAGUGGACCGCUGGCGCCGGACCAAGGGCGCGGGGCCGCCAGGGGGCGCGGGCCUGGCCGACGGCUUCCACCGCUACUAUGGCCCCAUCGAGCCGCAGGGCCUAGGCCUCGGCCUGGGCGAGGCGCGUGCGGCACCGCGGGGCGCAGCCGGGCGCCCGCUGUCCCCGCCGGCCGCUCAGCCCCCGCAGAAGCCGCCGCCCUCCUACUUCGCCAUAGUACGCGACAAGGAGCCAGCCGAGCCCCCCGCCGGCGCCUUCCCCGGCUUCCCGUCGCCGCCCGCGCCCCCCGCCGCCGCGGCCACCACCGUCGGGCCGCCGCUCUGCCGCCUGGCCUUCGAGGACGAGAGCCCGCCGGCGCCCGCGCGGUGGCCGCGCUCGGACCCCGAGAGCCAACCCCUGCUAGGGCCGGGCGCGGGCGGCGCGGGGGGCGCGGGGGGCGCAAGCGGAGGAGCCCCGGCCGCUCCGCCUCCAUGCCGCGCCGCGCCGCCCCCCUGCCCUUACCUCGAUCUCGAGCCGUCGCCGUCGGACUCGGAGGACUCGGAGAGCCUGGGCGGCGCGUCGCUGGGCGGCCUGGAGCCCUGGUGGUUUGCCGACUUCCCCUACCCCUACGCCGAGCGCCUCGGGCCGCCGCCCGGCCGCUACUGGUCGGUCGACAAGCUCGGGGGCUGGCGCGCCGGGAGCUGGGACUACCUGCCCCCGCGCAGCGGUCCGGCCGCCUGGCACUGUCGCCACUGCGCUAGCCUGGAGCUGCUGCCGCCGCCACGCCAUCUCAGCUGCUCGCACGAUGGCCUGGACGGCGGCUGGUGGGCGCCGCCGCCUCCACCCUGGGCCGCCGGGCCCCCGCCCCGACGCCGGGCCCGCUGCGGGUGCCCGCGGUCGCACCCGCACCGCCCGCGUGCCUCGCACCGCACGCCCGCCGCCGCCGCGCCCCACCACCACAGGCACCGGCGCGCCGCUGGGGGCUGGGACCUCCCGCCGCCCGCGCCCACCUCGCGCUCGCUCGAGGACCUCAGCUCGUGCCCUCGCGCCGCCGCUGCGCGCAGGCUUACCGGGCCCUCCCGCCACGCUCGCAGGUGUCCGCACGCCGCGCACUGGGGGCCGCCGCUGCCCACAGCUUCCCACCGGAGACACCGGGGCGGGGACCUGGGCACCCGCAGGGGCUCGGCGCACUUCUCCAGCCUCGAGUCCGAGGUAUGACGCGGCCCCGGGGGCCCCACUGCCCCCUUGGUCAGCGCAGGCCACGGCCCGAGGGGGCGCCCGCAGUGGACAGGACCCGCGUGGGUUGGGAAGGAAAACAGUGGAACUGGCUGGACCCCGCCUGGAGCAGCGUCCUGCGCCCCCUGGUUCUGGAGGAACCGCAAGCCGGAGAGGAUUUGGUCCCUCAACUGUCACCCAGCCGGAGAGCGAGGGGGCGGGGGCCUUGGAGCCUACCGGACUUUUUUUUAAACCCGACAAGGGCUUUUUAACGUCACCAGAUGGGGCGGGAGGUGGGGGGUUCACGCCACUCCCGCGUCCCACCUCCACGCCCGGGGCCGUGGCCCCCACAUCACUGUGCAGCUCCCCGGCCCCAGCCACGCCUCCGGGGAAGCCCGUUUUUAACCUUUCAUCCAUUGGGACUCAAAACUGUGAGACGCGUUCGCCAAACUGUGACCCCAGACCUUGGCCCCACCACACAGAAACCCCUGACCCAGACUGUGACAUCCGACUCCUAAAAUGGUCAUCCGACUCCAGACUGUGACCCCUGACCCCAAACUGUGACCCGAACCCCAGACUGUGCCCCGACCAGACUGUGACCCUUGACAUCAAACCGUGACACCCCCUCCUCCUCUUCCACCCUCGGUCGCUUUUCCCUACUCUGACCUAGGACACGUCCCCAACGGAAGCCCCGCCUUCCCUUGCACCGGGAUGAACCCAACCUCCCUGAAGCCAAAACUUCCCACCCUGCCGCACCUCCGGACCACCCCACUUGCCACCAAGCACAUCCUCUCCAAAUCCAACCCUUAUUUGCGACCCUUCAGUGAUGACCCAGCAGACCUCCAAAAAGCCUCCUCUUCCCAGAUCUCCAGCCGGGUCUGGGGCUGGGUUGCGGAGGGGAGGGUCUGGGAGUCCACACUUCUCCACCAACUUCCCUUCCCACUCUCUUAUUCCACAUUGCAGUGUUUGGAAUAAACCAUGUUUUUAUGCCUCCUCA